AUGGCGUCUUGCAGGUGCUUCCUGGAGCUGUGGACGCAGCGCGCCAACGGCGAGGGCCCUGCGGGCGACCUGGUGGCGCGCGAGCUGGUGGGGCCAGACGUGCCUGGCGGCCCCGAGGCACUCGCGGCGCAGCAGUCCGCGUUCAUGUCGGAGCUGUUUGGCGACGUGGUGUCCAUGGCGGGCGCCGUCAUCAUCCGGCGCCUGGUGGGCAUCGCACACACGGCGGACAUGGACACCAUCAGCGACGACGAGGCACGCACAGCCUGUGAGCGCCGCGCACUGCGGUUUGGGCGCCACCUGCUGGUGGACGGGCGGCGCACGCACCAGGACAUCCGCAGCGUGGUGGCGGCUGCACAGGCUGCGCGGAAGGCAGACGGCCUGCCAGCGUGA